AUGGCUUACACCGUGUUUCAGGAUUCACACUUUUCAAAUUUCCUGACUGUUCUCAAACCUGCCAGAUGGGGUCGAGGAUUUGGUCUUCUGGGUUCCAUUUUUGGAAAGGAUGGUGUAUUAAACCAGCCAAACAGUGUCUUUGGACUUAUAUUUUAUAUACUACAGUUAUUGCUCGGCAUGACAGCAAGUGCAGUUGCAGCUUUAAUCCUCAUGACGUCCUCCAUUGUGUCUGUGGUAGGCUCUUUGUACCUGGCCUACAUUCUGUACUUUGUGCUGAAGGAAUUUUGCAUCAUCUGUGUCUUCACAUACGUGCUGAACUUCAUUCUUCUAAUCAUCAACUACAAACGACUAGUUUACUUGAACGAAGCCUGGAAACGGCAACUGCAGCCCAAGCAGGACUGACAACCUGACAAACUCUUAACUGACAGUCUGAAGUCCCUUUUCCAUUAAGUUUAUUUUGCAGCAGUUUUUUUUUUUAUUAUUCAAAACAGACACUUCCCUAAGUAUCUUAAACUGAUUUUUUUUAAUCCUGUAAAUUAGAAGGGGCCCUAGCUAUUUUCUGUGUCAAUCUUCAUUUUAAAUAUGGAUACAAAAAAAAGAGGAUACACCGAGCCAAUCAAAGACAAGCUUUAACUUUACUUUGAGGAUGUUUCUGAAAUAAUAAAAUGUAUCCCUAGCCCCCUGCCCUCAAUUGUAAAGUGAGCAACCAUUGCUAGUAAUUCUCUAAUGUGUAUAAAUUAAAUUUCAGGUAUAACAAAUGUGAUCAUGACAUAAAAAUAUUUUAGAAUAGAUACUGUAUUAAAUAUUGCCAUGUUUACAAUAUGUAAUAUGUUUUUAGCCAAUGGAUUUAAAUAUGUAGAUUCAACUAGAACCCACUUAUGUGAUAUUUGUAAAUAAAGGUAGAAAUAUUGGAUCCAUCCCUGCAGAACUUAACUGUACAGUUUAGUUGAAGUGUAGCAAUGAAGAAUUGUCAGCUGAGCGCUGGCUGAAGGAAUAGUGAAAAUAGUCAGUCCAUAGAGAGCAUCUUGUGAAAAGCACUGACAGCUGUGGGUCCAGCAUUGACAGCAAAAAUAAUGGGGCGGUUGGUUCGCUUUCAUCUCCUUCCUCUGAAAGGAAGAAACUAAAUUUGGACAUUCAAGUCAAGCUUGUGCCUAGUCAUAAAACUGGAUCAAUUAUAACCUUACAGAAUGAGUCAUGUGACCAGACCUUCACGUCCAAGGCCUUCAGAACACUAAAGAUGGGGAAAUGAGAUUUCUUUGGAGAAAAGCUGGAAAUAUUAAUAUGGCAUUUUUAAAGAAAAGUCUUACAAUUGAAAUUUCAUGCAGAUAUUUUUCCAUGAUAUUGGUGCCAGUCAACCAAACAGUAUUAUGACUUUGAAAUAACUAGUGUAAGCCCAGUUGCUCCAGAGUAGGUUUGUUCUUUGGGUAGUUCUGUAGUGUUUCCCAUAUUUCUUUCUGCACUAAUAGAAUGUCGUUUGUUUUAGGGUGAAACAUUGACUUUCUAAACUUUAGGGCUAAAAUGCUGCUCAGUUUGCCUAGUUGGGAGGAAUACUAUAGUUAGAACUAUCUGGAGGUGAAAUUCACUAAAUGUUUUCACUACUCUUUCUAAAAACUACCGAAGUGCAGAAUUUUUAAGUGAUUUGAGUAAACCCAAAUGAAGUUGUAACAGUAUGUUCCUGUGGUUAACAUCUUAUAACAGAAUGUUAAAAGUGCCUUCUGUCUUAAAUAUCAAACCAAAUAUUUUGUGUGUUGAACUUGGGCAGAAGUGUCCUUCCUUCCUUUCUUACCACAAAGUAGAAAACUUGCAUUCUGCAGAAAGGUUCUAUAUGGUCAUUUCAUUCCUUAGAUGGAGAAGUAGUAUCGAGAAGUAGUAGCAAUGUCUUGCUUACAGUUUGCUUAAUCAUUAUGUUAAAAAUAGACUUGUAACUUCUGAGUGUUUUAUUUGCAUUCUUUUUGAAAGGAGGGGACAGGCUUUGCUCUGUAAACCAUAAUGUGUCCAGUCAGCAACUGUUCAGCAGUUUUCAACUGUCAUAAUUGACGCAAUGUAUUCUUCUGGCCCCAAGGCAGAUAUAAAGUCUGAAUUGUAAUGAACUUUUAACCAGCUUUGUAAAAGAUAGCUUAAUUCAGAUUUCAUCAAGGUUUGUUUUCCCAUGAAUGUGAAUAUUUCAAUGCCUGUUUUAUUUUGUAUGUACUGUUCUUGUUUCUACAGUUAAAAGUGAAGCAUUGAUUAGAUGUCUGGUGUUUGUGGAGAAACAAUGAAGUCAUCUUACAGCAGUGCUUGUAGUUCUAACAAGCAGUUUACUGCUUCUCUUUUCUAAGAUAGAGUGGAAAUGGCUUAACGGCUAAGACUUCUGUGGUAUAUGUAACACCGGUUGUGCUAAACAAGUUCCUUGUGUCCUAAUUUAAAACGGUUUUUCAUCUUUUGUAUCAUUCAGCAGCAGAGUAUAGUUAAAGCUUGUCUUGAUGUUUCAGUGACUUCAACUUUUACAUAAGAAGAUGUAAAAGACCAACUUUUUCUUUUGCUUUCCUAAAUAAGCCUUGCAGAAAACACCAGUUUUAGUAGUAUAAAAAAAUUGUCACAUUCCUGUGACCCCAGAAUUCAUAACCUUUUUCUCACUGAGCAGUGAACAUGUGCUGCCUGAAAUAACAGCAUUGUAACGCCAGUAUCUUAGUAAGCAACAGAACCCCAGUGGGUGUUAUUUGGUAUUUUUGCCCUGGAAGAAUUUAAGAUUCUCCUUUGCAUCCUCUAUUCCAUUCCAGAAGAGGGAGAAAAAACAUGGGUUAUAAAAUUUGAAUAACCUAUUUUAGAUCGGAUAUUUAAACAACACUAUACUUGCCAUCAAAAUUGAACUGUUUUAAGGAAAAAAUUGAAUUUCUGUUUUUAGCAGUAGUUACAUGCUUAUUGUUUUUGAAAUAAUUUAUAACAAAUGAAACUUCUACUUGAUAGUCAUAAAUGUCAUUUAAAGAAAUGGGUUGUGGUUAGAUGAUAAAUUCUAGGGAACCUAGAUGGUUUUAUUGCAGCUAGUUGUGAGGGUGGACUUCUGUGAAAUAACUCAGGUUUAACUAGCUGUGUGCCAGGAAUUACUUUUACUUGAUGUGUGAAGCCUCUCCUUACAUCCAUUACUUCUAAAGAAUGUUGAAUUCAUCGAUCGUUUUCAUACAAACAAAGAUCUGAAUCUUGGCACAAAAGAUCUUUGGACCUACUAAGUAGGACAGAGGACCAAGACUACAGUUAAAACUAUCUGUUGGCUUGUAUUUCGACAUUUAGUUUUAAGAUGACCAGCAAAAGUGCAAGGUUACCUUCAGCAGUUACUUCAUAUCUUAAGAUUGGUGCCACUGUGUGAAACCAGUGAACGCUGACAGGAGCUCUUGUCUUGAAAAUCAGUAUUAGAUAUCGGCCAACAAGAAGCCACUACCCCAUGUGGUGAUCGACUUGGGGAGGAGCACCUAACAUGAGCCUUUGUCCUCGUGUUUCUCCCAGCACAUGCACUGGUGAAACAUUUCUAUUUAGACAUUUUAGGCAGCACUUAUGAUUACUAAUUUGUGAGAACUACCCUUCAAUAAAACAAAUGGGGCAGGGGUGGGAGUCCAGGCUACUUGGUUCAACCUUUUUCACAAAUUAGCCCAGAAAAGAUGAAAUGUUUUGUUAUAAAACUAUGUUAAGCAUGACCUAAGUAUUAGGUGUAUGAUCUGUACAGUAUGUUCCAUCAAAAAUAUUUAUUACUAGUGCUUUAAGCUCCAGAGUAAACAUUCAUUCAAAAUGGAGUUCACUGGGCAGAUUUCCCCUUUAAUAUAGAUAGAAAUAUUCUUUAUCAGAGAUUUAGGACACAGUUUUGCUAACUGGUAAAAACAAUGUAAAUAUGUAAGAAUGUUUAUUUGUUGCACAUAACUUUUUUGGUAUAAAAUAAAUGUAGAAGUUACCUGUG